AUGGAAAGAAAAAAAAAAAAGUUUGUUGAUCGUCGGAGAAACAAACUUUGACAACAGGAAGAAGAGAGGAGAGGAUUGUUAAAAAGAUCCAGAAGAAGAAGAAAAGCCUUUUCACAAUCUUCUUCUUCUUUCUCUGUUCUUCUCUCUCUCCUCUCUUCUUGUUCCCAGACACGACCUUAAAGAGAUAUAGAGAGAGAGAGAGAGAGAGAGAGAGAGAGGUCUGGUAACACCUGACUAAAAUUUAUUUAGAAUAUACUUAAUGGCUCGUCCUUACCCAUCGGAGGAUGGCCACGGCCACGCACCAGUGAACUCCACGGUUGUCGCCAUUGACAAAGACAAGAACAGUCACUACGCUGUUCGUUGGGCUGUUGAUCAUCUCUUCAAUAUGAAUAAUAAUAACACCAGCAUGAUUCUAGUCCAUGUUCGUCUUAAAAAUUCAAACCAUGGAGGUAACAUUGAUGAUAAUGAAAUAAAUCAGCUUUUUGUUCCAUACAGAGGUUAUUGUGCACGCAAAGGGAUUACAAUGAUGGAGGUGAUUCUAGAGGAUACAGACGUAGCGAAAGCAAUAUUGGAUUACGUGAACAACAACCUUGUGACCAACCUCGUGUUGGGAUCAUCCUCAAAGAGCCCAUUCGCAAGAUCUCUCAAGUUCACCAAAUCACAUGACGUUCCUGCUUCCGUUCUCAAAUCAAUGCCUGAGUUUUGUUCCAUCUAUGUCAUCUCUAAAGGCAAAGUCCAGUCUUCGAAAACAGCUCAAAGACCUAUCACAAACACACUCGUCCCACCUCGUGCACCUUCAUCCACGUUUCAUACACCUGACAAUGACCAAGAUCAUUUACCUAGGAAUCAGCGUAAUGCAAGGAACUCAACUCCAGAGAGGCAUUCUCAUGAUGGCAAUGGAUACAAACCAAUGAGAGAAAUGCAGAAGAUUCCUACAAAUGGAUCAUUGGAUUUUAAUUAUGAUUUUAGGCAGCCAAGAUGUCAAAAGAACUCUUCUUCUGCAAGAAACUCAUUUACUGAUGAAGGUGAUGUUGGUUCUGUGAUGAUGAUGGGUGCUUCUAUUGAUCUUACUGCUGAGAAUUUAGAUCUCGUUGUUGGUGCAUCAGCUUCUUCUGAUGAGUCUGUUUCACAAUCAACGAGAGAUAUUGAAGCUGAGAUGAAAAGGUUAAAGAUUGAACUCAAGCAAACCAUGGACAUGUAUAGCUCAGCCUGCAAAGAAGCUCUUAAUGCAAAAAAGAAAGCAAAUGAGCUUAACCUGUGGAAAAUGGAAGAAGCUAGAAGAUUUGAGGAAGCUAGAGUUUCUGAAGAGGCAGCUUUAGCUGUUGCGGAAAUGGAGAAGGCCAAGUGCAGAGCUGCUAUAGAAGCAGCUGAGAAAGCGCAGAGAAUGGCUGAGUUGGAAGGACAAAGAAGAAAGCAAGCAGAGAUUAAAGCAAGAAGAGAAUCUCAGGAGAAAGAUCGUGCUCUUAGCGCUUUGGUACAGAACGAUGUCCGGUACAGAAGAUACUCUAUUGAAGAGAUUGAAGAGGCUACUGACAACUUUGCAAACAACAGAAAAAUAGGAGAAGGUGGGUAUGGACCAGUCUAUUACGGCACACUUGAUCACACACCUGUCGCAAUCAAAGUCUUGAGACCUGAUGCUGCUCAAGGAAAGAAACAGUUUCAACAAGAAGUCGAGGUUCUAAGUAGCAUAAGACAUCCUCACAUGGUUCUUCUUCUUGGUGCAUGUCCGGAAUAUGGGUGUUUGGUGUAUGAGUUCAUGGAAAAUGGGAGUUUAGAGGAUAGACUCUUCCGUAGAGGAAACUCGCCUCCUCUAUCAUGGAGGAAAAGGUUUCAAAUAGCUGCAGAGAUCGCUACUGCACUCUCCUUCCUUCACCAAGCAAAGCCAGAGCCUCUGGUUCAUCGUGACCUAAAACCUGCCAAUAUACUCUUAGAUAAAAACUACGUGAGCAAGAUCAGUGACGUUGGAUUAGCUCGGUUAGUACCCGCGUCAGUGGCUAACACAGUCACGCAGUUCCACAUGACAUCUGCAGCAGGAACGUUCUGUUACAUAGACCCUGAGUACCAGCAAACGGGAAAGUUAACCACGAAAUCAGACAUAUACUCAUUAGGGAUAAUGCUGCUUCAGAUCAUCACUGCAAAGAAUCCAAUGGGUUUGGCUCAUCAUGUGUCGAGGGCAAUCGAUAAAGGAACUUUCAAGGAUCUGCUUGACCCUGCCGUGACAGAUUGGCCGGUCGAAGAAGCUACAAAUUUUGCUAAGUUGUGUCUACAAUGUGCAGAGCUAAGGAAGAGAGAUAGACCAGAUCUUGGAAAAGAAAUAGUUCCAGAGCUACUCCGGUUAAAAAACUUGGGGAUGAACAAUGAAUCAGGAUGCCAUACAUAACUACCGGGUCUGAAGAUCAUAUGCUUCUUAAAUCUUUUCAAGACUUUGACGAGGAACUGAAUAGAAAGAUUGCUUGAUUCUCAAGAAAGAAAGAAAGAAAGUGGUAAGUGAAGUGCCAUGAUGAGAUGACUUAACCAAAACCGUACCUAACCCUUGUUAAUAUUAUAUAUCUCUGUAACAUGAUAGCUUCCACCUUUCUUUCUGGCUUUCGGAUGAAAAAGUAUUGAACAAAAUGCAGUGGCGGCUUAUUGUGUCUCUUCUCGUCGCAUAACUAAGUCGAAGCUAUUGAUUUAUUCAAACUAUUUAUGUUCUUCUGAAGUUUAAUUCAUUUCUAAUUUUGUGAGAGAAUAUGAUUUUGAUAUAGAUUUUAUUUAUUUUUGUGUGGAAAGCUUCAUGGGUUUUUAUUUUUAUUUUCAUCUCUA